AUGCUCGAUCUGAGCCUCAACAUACCGUUGUCUCCCACGACGAUCACCGGUCUCGGGCUCAUGAGCGCGGUCUCGUCGACCGAGCUUCUCAGUAUGACGGUUGCCAGCAUGGUUCGUCGGGAAAAAGAGACGGCACCGACCACCAACAUCCGAUCAAGCCCCCCUCCAGUAGAAACUUCACAAACAGUCACCGAAUCGGACAAAGAGCCGAUGCAGACACAGCUUUUCGCUAUCGGCGAAGACGUCAAGGACACAUCGAUAGUGUUCAAGAGGAAGAAGAGACUUGACGACCUGGUUGACAGGUUGAGCAACUCUAGCGCGCCACCACCGAAAAAGCGUCACAACAGUGGCGAUAUCAAAUCGGGAAGAUCGGCGCGUCGUGACGAUCGGGUAACCUCAUCAGAAGACAAGACGGAAUCCGAUGUCAAGCUAUUCGUUGCGGACACCCCACCCGCUUCAUCCUGGUCGCCAAAAUCGCUUUACACAGACAGCAUGCGAUCGCCGUUGGCAGUUUCGCCGCUUUACGCCUCACUGGAGCAUUUACUUCCCAACCUGAUGAAGAGGGAUCAGCUAGCGGCCAAUUUCGCCCGGAGAGAUCAUCUGCUCAGACAUCAAUCAAACUCGAGCCUCGAGUCGGUUACUUCUACACCUCAGGACUCUCCAUUGGAUCUCUCGGUCCGGAAAACGCCCUCUCCUCCGUCGUCGGCCGGGCACACGGAUGAAACGCUACGAACUUCAUCUAGUCCGACGACAGCCUUCGACUAUAGUCAGACUCCGCUGCAACUGCAGUUCGAGCUCGGACCCCUCUUAGGUAUUAGUCCGCCGUUUUAUUCGACGCCGCCCCAGAUGAAGCGCCGACUGUCGCCCACGCAGCCGUCGUUCCCGCUGCUCUCGUCGUCCGCGUCGUCCGCAUCUUCGGCGGAAACGAGUCCCGUCGAAGAGAAUCAACAAAGUUAUGCGUGUUCCAUCUGCGGCCAAACGUUCUCGUUGCACGACCGUCUAGCGAAGCAUAUCGCGUCCCGUCAUCGCAACAAGAACUCGUCGCCGGAGCUCUCGUCCACGCAGAACUCCUCCUCGACGUCGAGCAGCGGACGCAGCUACACGUGCGACAUCUGCGGUCGAUCCUUCGCGCGCAGCGAUAUGCUCACGCGGCACAUGCGCCUGCACACCGGUGUCAAACCGUACACGUGCAAGGUCUGCGGACAGGUGUUCAGUCGCAGUGAUCACUUGUCGACCCAUCAGCGAACGCACACUGGCGAAAAGCCCUACAAGUGUCCCCAAUGUCCAUACGCCGCAUGUCGGAGAGACAUGAUCACCCGACACAUGCGGACCCACGCCCGGUACCAGUUGCCCGCACUCCCGGAUUCGAGCUCCUCGUCGCUCGAGGAAGAGCCCCUGGCAGCUUCAUCGCCCGUCCAGAGUUGA